AUGUCAUCUGGGAGUGUUCCUGGCUCUUCUGGAGAGAACAUGAUUUACUAUCUCCUUGCUGGUGUUGCUGCUUUUGGUGGUUUAUUUUAUGCCUACAGAGUAGUCAGCUCAUCCCGCAGCAACUAUAUUGAACAUGUGCAUAUUCUUCAUGAGAGAGCUGAGAGGCGGAAAAGCAGGGGUGAUGAAGAAGACACAGCUGAAGUCACUGAAGCAGAGACAGCCACGGAAGAGGCUGGUGCAGUAGCUGCUGCUGGACCUGCAGCACAGGAUGAGAGUCCUGGGGUACCCCCAGAGACUGGAGGGGAGGACUUACCGGCUCCAGAGGCAUCCCCUGCUGUGGAGGAAGCACAGCAGGAACCUGCUGCUAAUUUGGAAGUUGCUGCUAAUUCAGAAGCUGCUGCAGUGCAAGAAACUGUGAGUGAAGUCUCGGAUGUUGCAGCUUCUUCUGCCCACGAGGAAAACUCGGACAGUGUCAAGGAAGGAGCAGCCUCAGCAGCUCAAGAGAUUUCUGACACAUCCUCAAGGAGCCAGGACGCUGAUGCUGAGGAGUCGGGGCAGUCAGAAGGUGCAGGAGUACAGCUGGGGCUGAAACGUUUGGUCUCUGAAAAACCCCAAUGGCUGUUUGCACUGAACUAG